GUGACUACAAUCGUUUUACUGACUGGGUCAAGAAGCAGCGAAAAUGUCCUAAUGCAACCUUGGAGGCAACAAUCACUCAAAUUGACAUCAAAUUUGUCUGGUUAUAUUGAAGGGAAUUGACCAGUUCAAGGGGAAUGCCAGAAACUGUCAAAACAGACACUGAAAAGUCUAAAUCAUUCUUAUUGAAAUGCUACACUACGACAUCAAUCUCUCAGUGUGCUGGAUGAGUCAUCCUCAUACAACUUUACUGGGUUGGAUGCUGAGGAAAUCAAAAACCAGCUGACGAAAUACAUCCGAUUGAAUAUGAAGCAACUGAAAGCGACCGAUGUACUGGCAUCAAAACAAGUAAUGCUGAUAGCAAGGUCCUUGAUGAAACUACUGGAAACAUUUGGGGAUGGGCACAAGGGACGCUUCUUGGACCAUGUCAACAGCAGACUUGGCAUCUCCAAACCAUCCUACUACUACUACAUGGAAUAUUAUGCCUUUAUGUCAAAGUAUCCGAAAUUCCAAACGCUGGCAGUGUCCUUUAGAGUGUUUAAAAGUAUGAUUCCAAAAAUCAAGGAAUGGUUUAUGUCACCAGAGUGUCGAGCUUUGGACUCUUCUGAUUUCUACUCUGAACACUACUGGAUGAAUGUUGAUGAUGAAAUGGAUGACGACGAUAUGAAUGUUUUAAACGAGCACAAUUCCACCGCGGUGGAAAACCUUCGCAACAAGUAGUUCCUCGUCAGUCGAUGACUCCUUCAGACUGCAGUGAUAAUGAUAAUGCUUUCAAUGGUGAACUGACAUUGCUACUUUCUUUCACGGAGAGCAAAGUACUGAAAAUGUCCAUCGCAGUGGAAAAAAGUUCUAGCUGUACACUCCUUGAUAUCUUCGUGAUAGACAGCACGAUUCAUUCAAACCUAUUUCCACCACAUUAAUGUAUCUUUUGUAUUGACUUGUAAAUAGAAAAUCUCUGCAACUAUUGUGUUUAUUAUGAAAAUUUCAUUAUUAUCGGGUGUGUUUUUGAGCUAAACAUUGUCUCCUGAUUGUUUAGUUUUCUUGUACUUUUUAGCUCUCUCCUUCUCUGCCUCGGUAUUAGCAGCAUAAUAGUCUCGAUAUCGUUUCCUUUCAGCUUGUUUGUUUUUGGCAUAGUAAUCUCGGUACCAUUUCCUUAGUUGUUCUUGUUCUUCUGGUGAAUACGAAUUUCAAUUCUUAAUACAGUGAAUGUACGCUUGGUGACUCUUGAUGAAACUAAUGAAUGUCAUUUAUAGUUGGUUUAGAAAAUAAGCUCCGCUUAAUGUUCUCCGUUUUUAUAAGCUGGACCUCUAAUUCUACCCAAUUCUUCCAAUUCUCUUUUAUUUCGACGCUCCAUAUUUGUCAUUCGUGGUUCUCUGUCUAGAUUUUGUAUGAAACCGUUGGGUAGAUUCAAUACGUUGUAGUUCAUAGUAUUUGUAUGCCUUUGGAAGAAUAUUACCAUCAUCAUCUGCAAUAAAGUACGAAUAGCCAUUACCACUGAUGACCUUAU